UUGCAGGGGUCCUGCGAGGGGAGACGGUCCGAGGCAGCUUCCCCCACCCCCCACCCAGACUGCAGGAAGAACUACGUCCACCUAGAAGAGAUGCAGAAACCCAGAUGAGAGGCCUGGGCACCUCGGCGCAGAUCCCAGAAGGUAGCUGCUGCCCUGCAGCCCGCCAGAGACACCUUCCCCAGGCCGCUCCCGCUGCAGGGGGGGCGACGUUUUCUUGUCGCCUUAUCGCACCCCCCCCCGCCCCGCCUUUCAAUCCCCACCCCUCCCCACUUCUCCGUCUUUUGUGCGGUUCCUGGACCCUCUGAACCACGUUUCUGCUUUUCUGCUUGAGCGACACGCACACUGGCCUCUUGACAGCGCCAGUUGGCGUGAGAACUCGCAAUACCAGUGCACAUGGGGCCCGAGGUGAGAGGUCCCUUGUUUUUGCAAGUCGCACCGGAGUCCAAGAGUACAGCCCUCCUGGCCCUCUCUCAGCACUUCUCUCAGCUCACAGCUUCUCUGAUCUGCCUGGCUUCCUCUUCUGACACUCCAUGCCUACAGCUGCCUUCUCCCUGCAGCCCCAGGGGGCCCUCUUCUUGAGCCCAAAUUCUUCUCCAAGUCGGGCCUCGGGAUGCAUCCUACUUCCACAUUUCCUGCCGGCGGCGGCUGUAGCUGCAGCUAGCAGGUCUGACUUUAGGGGAGAGACUCUCCAAACAAUAAUAGUAAACAAGCCCAUCCUCAUGGCUGUGAAGGGCGUGGUGUUUGACGUCUCCUCCGAGAAGCAGUUUUAUGGCCGAGGUGCCCCCUACAACGCUCUGACUGGGAAGGACUCCACAAGGGGGGUGGCCAAGAUGUCCCUGGACCCUGCGGACCUCACCUAUGACACUACAGGCCUGACGGAAGAGGAGCUGCAGUCGCUGGAGACGGUCUUCACCGAGGUGUACAAGGCCAAGUACCCCAUCGUGGGUUACACAGCCCGGCGCAUCCUCAAUCCGGACGGGAGCCCCAACGUCAACUUCAUCCCCGAGGACCGGCCGCAUUUUGACCUGCGUGAGGAGCUGUGAGCUGCCGGCCAUGCAAUAAAGCCACUCUCAGACCGUG